AUGCCCUCUUUCAUAGAACUGACCCUGUUUUCUCUCCUGCUCGGCUUUGGUGCGAGCACCACCCUGCCCCUCCGACGCCGCAGCACCAAUGCCACAGCCCCCAUGGUCUCAACUGAAUACGGCACCGUCUUCGAUGUCGAAGCCACGAUCGGCGGCCAGACCUUCCAGCUCCUUGUCGACUCCGGCAGCAGCGACCUCUACGUGAUGAAAACCGGCUUUUCCUGCCUUGACAAGGACACCGGUCUCCAACUCGCCGAGGAAGAGUGCGGCUACGAUCUCAAUCGGACGUAUAACAUGUCCGACACAUACAAGGAAAUCCCAAAUCAGAUCUUCGGCAUCCAGUACGGCGCCGGCAUUGCAAGCGGCGUCAUGGCGUAUGAAGAUGUCACCGUCGCAGGCGUCACCAUCCCCCAGGCGCGGAUCGCAGUGGCCGACAAGUCAACGCCCAUGGGCGACGGCGUGAACUCCGGCCUGCUGGGACUGGGAUACCCAUCACUGACCUCCGCGCACCCAAGCAACAUCACCGAUAACACCACAUACUGGUUCAAUCGCCUCCCGUACAAGCCUAUCCUCUUCGAGAUGUACGAGCAAGGCCUCAUCGAGGAGCCGUACUUCGCCCACGUCCUUGCCAGGAGCGCACUCAACGAAUCGGGUCCCGCGUUUGGAGGAUACGUCUCGCUAGGCGAACUGCCUCCCGUGAAGCACGACGACAGCUGGGCCGUUGCCCCCGUCGAGAUCAUGAACAACAUCCCGCUCAACUUCACCUCGAACAAGCGGACGCGCUCCUACUGGGCGACGACGCUCACUGCCUCGCUGGGCCAGAACGCAACGCACACUCGCGCCCGCACCAACUCAUCCUCGUCGUCUGCCUCAGCACCCUUCCAAGCAUUCUUCGACUCCGGAAAUCCCCUCUCAUACAUCCCAGCGCGCAUUGCGGACCCUCUAAACGCGCUCUUCUCGCCUCCAGGCAUCUACGACAAGACACUGGAAGCCUACGUCGUCGACUGCAACGCCAAAGCCCCGUCAACAUUCAGCUUCACCAUCGACGGGCAUGUCUUCACGCAUGACCCGGCCGACCUCAUCUACCAAACGGGCGAAGACCUCUGCAUCUCGGCGAUCGGGAACUCCGAUGAGAUAAGGCUGAUGGAGAAUCUGCAGCUGAACAUCAUCGGCGUCCCGUUUCUGAAGAGUGUGGUUUCGGUGUUUGAUAUUGGGAAGAAUGAGAUGCGGUUUGCGAGGCUUUUGGAAGAUGUUAGUGGUGGUGGGAACGGUACGGCUAAUGGGACUGAUGCGGCUGGUGGUACGGAUGAGUAUGUACCGGGAAAUGAUGCUGGGAGGGUAAGCCUUGGGCCUCUUGGUCUGAUUGGAUCUAUUGGUGCUCUUGUCUUUGCUUUUACCUUGUAG